AUGGGACGCUCAGAAGCAGGAUCAGCUAAAUAUGCUUCCAAGCAGCUAAAAGCAUCCGGUCUACAGAAACUAAAGUUCUAUUGUCAGUUAUGCUCCAAACAAUGCAGAGAUGCAAAUGGGUUUAAGAAUCAUUUAAACUCUCCAUCGCAUAAAGGCAGAGUCCAGCAACUCAGCGAAAGUGGUGAAGGACAUAGCGUGAUUGAAAAUUACUCCAGAGACUUUGAAAAGGAUUUUUUGAAACUAUUGAGGAUCAAUCAUGGAACUAAGAAGAUAAAUGCAAAUAAGUUUUAUCAGGAAUAUAUUCUACAUGAUAAGGAUCACGUUCAUAUGAAUUCAACAAGAUGGUCCUCUUUGACUUCUUUCAUCAAAUACCUUGGUAACAAGGGUUUAGUAAGGGUUGAAUCUCCUCCAGAUGAUACUGACGAAUUUAACUUGGAUAUAAGGUUAACCGAUACUUCUUCUGAGUAUUAUCAAAAACAGCAACAGUAUUUGAAAAAACAAAGGAGUUUGAAAACAGAUGAGCAGAUUUCAAUGAAACUUUUGAAUGAGCAGAUCAAACAAGGGCAGAAGUAUCAAGAUUCUGUCAAAGAAGCUGAGCCGGCUGCAAAACCUGCCGAAACGUUGAACGGACCAAUUAAACUUUCCUUAUCUUCCAAAAGAACCUUGCCUCGGAAAACAAAAGCACAAUCGGCUUUCGACGGUAGUGACAGCGACGAAGAAGACUUACAAGAACCUCCAAAGAAGACAUCAAACAUACAAAGUAUAAGUAAUAGGCUAUUAUCCAAUAAGAGAUAA